AUGAAUAGAUGUUUGCAAAUAAGUGCGAGGGUCGACACACGACCAAGAAUUUUUCCCACGGUGCGAACUAUAAAAAGAAUAUUAGCAGACGCGCGCCGUUUCCCGGUAUUAUGGCCCAAGGUCGGAUUGAAGCGUGCCAAAGUGUUCUACUCUCACACAUAUGAACGCACAGCACGCGUACACUUGGCAACGAUCAUGGACGUUUUGAAAACUUCUCUUGCAUCUCAAAGAAACUCGAAAAAGGAGAUGAAAAAGGUAUUUGGGCUACAUUAUGUUUUUUAAAAAAUGAGACUUUCUUUCCUUUCGACAGAAGAUUUAUCAUUAUUAGACAUGUUUUAUGUUCUUUUAAAACAUAGUUUCGAGAUAAUUCCAGGGAGAUAAAACGUUAAAGCUGUUGAUAAAACUGGAUUUUUUUUUCUCGCUUUGUUAUUAUUAUUUUUUUGCUUAGAGGGAAAUAAACGUUAUCGAAGGAGGGAAAUACUUUUGAACGGGUUACAUGGAAGAAUGAAAACAAUUACUUUAUAAUAAAACUUUAUUUUUUUAUUGAUAAUAUUAAUUUUAUUAUUUUUCCUUCUCUUUCUCUCUCUAGUCCAAGAAACCAUUAAUGGAGAAGAUGCGACGGGCUAGAAUUAACGACAGUUUAAAUGAGCUAAAAUGUCUGGUGUUGGAGGCAAUGAAAAAGGACGUAAGUGACAAUUGCUGUGUAGUGUGAAGGGUUGUAAACCAUUGGUUUAGAGAAAAGUUGGAUAUUUACAUAUUUGCUUUACUGGUAAAUGUGCCUUAAAUUCGAUAACGCGGGAAUUCGGGUCCAAAGAGGCUAGCUAAUUAGAUAUUUAUCUCAAAUGGUAGCAAGGAGAACACCGUCUAUGGUGAUAUUAUUACAGUGUAUUUUCUUCUUUUAUCAUUCCACUAUGGGAAUUUCAUUUUAAACCUCCUGUCGAGUCGGGCUUUAGUUGUCGUGUAGGAGAGGAGGUUUCAGGGUACAUACCAUAGAAAUGACCCGUUCAAGGGGUCGUGGAACUUCCAAUUCAAGGAAGAAAUAUUUUUCCUCUCGUUUGGGCAAUUUGAUUCAGGAUUAUGUCUGCUUUUUUAGGCUUCUAGGUACUCCAAGAUGGAGAAGGCUGACAUAUUGGAGAUGACUGUAAAAUACUUGCGUUCUCUCAACACAGAGAGGCCCCCGUUUCUCAUGCAACAACAAGGUAUAGAAAAAUAAAUAUAUUGAUUCACAGUCACUCUAUCACCUUCACGAUCCAAUGGUCAGGAUAGCGUUGUCAGUGAUCCGUUUGGCGUAAAUUGCCUUGUUUUUACUCGCAGUAUGUGGUAAUAUUGUAUUCUUUUUUUUUUCUGUCAUAAACAUACAACAUAAAGAAAUGUAGAUUUGCGCUGAGAGAAUUUUCGCACUCUAGAACUGACUUCUUAUUUUUACAAACCACCUUCUUAUUAAUGAAGUUCUAAUGGCCUUUCAACGCCAAACGGAUAAGACAGUAGCGUGUUGUAAAUUGUCUUGGCCUUUGUUUGGCGAUGAUAACAAUCUUUAAAUUAUACCUUUCAGCUCCAAAUAAAGUGUGAAGAUCAAAAGCUAAAUGGAAGAAUGUUUUACAGGCAACAAAUCAUUAACAAAACCAACAUCGCCGCAAAAAGUGUUUUAAAAUCUUGCAUUGUUGUUUUUCUAUCCACAGAAAAGGAAAUUACCGGCAGCUUUUUUCAGUUUUUACUCGUGAAAUGAAAGACGUUUUUAUGACACGUUUUACAUGUUGCAUUUUUCAUUUUGUUAGGAGCACAAAUUAAUAAUUAUGUUUUGACUACAGCGAUUUAUCUAAAUAUCCCUUACUUAACCUUUAACUUGACUUCCUAUAGUUUCCAAACUUAAGAAUAUACAUGAAGUCCUUAUUGUUAUUUGGUUUUGUGGCAUGGCUGAUAGUGUAAAUAUAUAGCACGAAGAGCUGCCAAGAAGAACCGUUCAUAUAGCUGCAACGACAUUCCAUAGACUUCGAAUUCAGUAAUGCGAAGACCAUCUCGCGGAACGGUUGUUGUCUGGGCCGGCGUGGAAUGAAUAGCUUAGUCCCCUGGAUGUCAAGAGCAUUGAUGUGUCAAGACCGUGAAAUAUUAUACCUAUCACAUCAUCAUUUAAUCAAUUGAUUUCUUUUCUCUUCCGUUACAGAUGAGGCUGCUAUGGCAAAAUAUCGUGCUGGAUUCAACGAAUGUGCCACCAAAGUGUCUCAAUUUCUUAUAACAGCCGACAGUAUCAGUGUUCCAGUUCGCACUCAGCUUUUAUCACACUUGGCAUCCUCCUGCCAGAAUCCCAAAGAACAUCAUCACCAACCCCCCAGCGAGGUGCUUCUCACUCGUCAACCGCAAAACCACACACCGCUGUCGAGUUUUCCCGCCAUUUCCCCAGCAGCCGGCGCGGCGAACGUAGCGCUGACAGACAACAAUUUAUGCGCCACGAGUAAGUUCCCAUCGCCGCCGUCAUCGCCUCUUCAUAACCAAGAAAGAAAACUCCUGCCUUUUCCACCCACGAUGCCGUCCUCGAUGCCUCCGUUUGUUCUCAGCAAUGGAAUCCCAGCGCUUAUCCUUUCAAAUGAUGCCGUACAACUUGUGCCCUUCACACUACCAAACACCUCGACAAACUUCGACUCAUCGGUGUGGAGACCAUGGUAA